AUGGCGCGCAAGGAAUCCAGGGGUAAAAGCAGAGCCAGCGCUUCGGCGUCGCAAGGCGGUGGCACAAGCGCCAGCGCAAGCGUGCCUCGAUGGCAAGCAUCAGAAGAUGUACCGAUGGAUGAGGUGGAUGCCUUUCAAGCUUCGAGGGAUCGCAUUCUCCUCGACGACGACGAACAAAGUGACGAUGACGAGGAGGAUUUGGGAGGUGGUAGGACCGUGCUCGAUGUUGGUGCCAAUGAGGAUGACGACGAGGAUGAGGACGAGGAGGGGUACACGGGUGAGGAGGAGGAGGAGGAGGAGGACGACGAAGAGGUGGACAUGGCCCGUAGUGGUGCUGUAGAGAGCGACAAAGCGCGACCUCAAACCAACACACACGCACAAAGAGAAGACUCGGACGCAUCCUCAGAAGCGUCUCUUCAGGAAGAGACCGGUUGGGGUCCUCACAAGGCAGCCUACUAUGAUAUGUCUCGUCCCGACGCCGACGAUUCGGACUCGGAAUUGGAUCCUGAAGAGGCCAGAGAGCUGCAGUUGAAAGAAGCAAAGAAUCUGCAAUUGAAAGCGAGGGCAGACCUGCUGGAUGAAGACUUUGGAGUUGGAGAGCAGGAUUGGCAAAAUUUCAAGGGGGCAGGUGGACUGUUGGGCAUGAACAGAGCUGCCCGGGAAAAGAGGAGGCAGGAAUUGGACGACAACCCGAGUCACUCCACGGAAAGGUAAGCUACACAACCCAGCAUGUGAUCCUCUCGCCACUCGAGCUCAAAGACCGUCGCAUCGUUGCCUGUGCUUACCACCACCCUCGGUCCACCUGUGUGCGCAAUGGCAGCGGCAGAACGCACGCAAAUUCAACGGCAACUAUGACAGUCGAUACGCCCUUACCUACGGACAAGCAUGCCCUGCACUUGCUUUUAGCCAAAGUGCAGAGGGAGACGCCGGAGACGAUUGCUCUGAUUGGAGACUAUGCCGACUGCGUGGACCAAAUGAGUGAAGUCCAGGCGGCAAUGCACGCGUGAGUUUUGAGCUGGUGCAAGAGCGUCCAGCCUUGUGCUGUAGCUCGAGCUGAUGGGCAGCCGCAUUAUGGGGGAUGCUUCCUGCUUUCUUUCGGGACAUCAGAGCGGAACAGCAACUGCCGAAGAAGGAUCCUAGUCUGGCGCUCAUGCACAUCCAUCAUCGUGAGUGUUCAGCGCUGCUAGAAUCACUUGAUGUGCGGGAACGAUCGCACUGACUGCAUAUCGUCACUCGCGGGAUGCUCGGUCCGUCCGCCACAAAAGAGACACUCUUGACGUACUUGACGACGUUAGCAUUCUACUUCCAGCUGCGCUCCAGCAAAGCGUACGCCUCGGGUUCAUGCUCCACCAGCUUAACAUCGCAUCCGAUCAUUCAACGUCUCGUCUCCCUAAAGAGGGGUCUAGCGACGCUUGAAGAAGCGGGCGCCAGCGCAGCUGCUUCGGAAUCGGAAGAGGAGAGCGAGGGAGAGAUGGACCCUGCGGAGAGAGAAUGGCUGGAGAAGAUGAUCAGCAAGGGCCAGGAUGUUGGACGUGGCGUUCCGGGCGAGGAUGAGGAGAGCUUGGGUGAACUUGACGAGGACGAAGUGGAACAGCUGAAGAAUGAGCAGGUUGAAGCCAAGGGUGGACGUGCCAAUGGCGCGACGAAGCAGACGAAGAAAGAGGCGCCCGGCAAAAAGUCUAAAGCUGCCAAAGGCGCUGGCAGCAAAGGUGAUCGGGCUGCAAAGGUCAAUGGCAAAGAGCAAACAGCUGGUAGCAAGAAGAAAAAACCGGCUACUGCGCUUGCUUCAUCCGAAAGCCCCUUGGCCGCUCUCGAAUCGCUUGCCUCUGCCGACGCUCAUCUCUCUGAGGCUCUUGCAGCUGCCUCUUCCCAGGCCAAGUCCAGCUCCAAGAAACAAAGCUCAAGCAAAGCACGGUCAACUUCUGUCGACGAUUUCGGAGAUCCGUUGGAGUUGGACGCUGGCGAUGCGGCAGACAAGGCCAGCAAAAGGAGAAGCUUGCAAUUCCACACAGGACAGAUUAGGUCCAAAGAGGCCAGAAGAGGAGAAGCUGCUCGGAAGGCACUUGGUGGAGACGCGGACAUACCAUACAGGGAUAGAGAGAGGAGCCGAUUGGCAGUGGAAAAGGCUAAUGCGGCCAGAGAUGCCAAGCUCGCUGAGCAGGCCAGAGGCGGCAGAGGUACGCAGCUGGACGAUGAGGAUGGCUUUGGGGAAGAGGACCUGCGGGACUGGAAGGACGUGAUGGGCGUGCAGCCGCAGGAACAGGCUGGCGAAGAGGACUAUUACGAUUUGAUCGCCGGCGGCAAGAAGGAGGCCAAGAGAGCCCGAAGGGAGGGGUACGAAGCGGAGAGAGAAGAGCAGAGGUGAGUUCACCGCUUUUUUUCUUUUUUCAAGGCGUUUCUUUUGCGCUUCUUUUCUUUCGUACAGCUACGCUUACGUGCCUGGCGCUUUUUCUCGUUCGCAGAGCCCUCGAAGCGGCCCUCGAAACGUCUUCGGGCGAUGCUCAUCGCUCCAUCACUCGGCAAAUCGAAAAGAAUGCAGGCUUAUCAGCUAAAAAGGGACCCAAGUCCAUCCGGAAUCCCAGAGUCAAGCAGAGAAAGAGGUUCGACAAGGCUAGCAAAAAGUUGGCUAGUCAGAGAGCCAUUUAUAAGGGUCCAAAGGAUAAUCAUUAUCAGGGAGAAGCGAGCGGUAUUUCCAACGCGAUCAAGAGUCGGAGCUUUGGUUAG